AUGAUAUACUCUUCUGGGAGAGAAUCAUACUUCAACUUGAAUUCAACCUGGUAUGACCCCUCGGGGUCCUGGCUGGACACCCGGCGCACACCAUUCCGCUACGGCUACAACACCUGCUCCUCAGGGUGCGACGGCGAAGGCGUUGAAGGUAUGAGAGGACACAACUACCGGCAUUACGGCUAUCGGCAGCCAGUCUGCUCUGAGAGAUGCCACGGCUACGCUGCAGCUGAUUCGUGCCACGAAGGUGGGGGCUCGAGCUGCGUCAGGAGACCCACAUACAGCUAUGGGUCAUCGGGGGGAUGCCACGGCUAUGGGAGGUCGGUCUGCUCUGAGAGGUGCCACGGGUCAUCAAGUUCAUACCACGGAGGUGGUUCAAGCUGCGUCAGGAGACCCACAUACAGCUAUGGGUCAUCGGGGGGAUGCCACGGCUAUGGGAGGUCGGUCUGCUCUGAGAUGUGCCACGGAUCAGGGUACCAGAGGGGGAAGCCGUGCUACCGCAAGCCAAUGCAACGCAUCCCGCAGUGCUGCCCAGUGCAGACCUGUCCCCCUCCAGUGCAGCAAGGCUGCGUGCCCGUGGCAAAGUGCGUCCCAAGCCAGCAGCAAAAGCAGGUCUGCAAAGUGCCGGCCCAGAAGAUGAAGUAA